AAUAAAAGAACCCGGAUCCCGGAAGUGAAUAGCCUGUUUGCUACUCUUACCAUUCACCAUUCAUCACUUAGUAAUGGUUCAUGUACGCCGUUUACUAAUAUGGGACCGGCGUCAAACGGCACGGUAGGAUAUACCAUAAAGUAUAUAAUAUAAUCAAAAACAUAUGUUGCUGAGAAAUAGAAAGAAGAGAGUUGAAAACACCCUAAGACGUGAGGUUUGAGCCCAAGUGGGUGCAGUUUAUCACACCAUGUUGGUGACAGCAUAUCUUGCCAUCAUUUUCCUGCUUGCCCUGUGUGUUGUCCUGGAGCUCACAGCACGCCGCCUCACCCCACCUCAGUCUGCUCCUACUGCUGUAGCCAACCCCGCGUUCCGUCGCUUCCAGAGUAUAUUCCUGCGGGCAUACCUUUUGGCUUUGUGGGCAGACUGGCUCCAGGGUCCUUACCUCUACAAACUGUACCGCCACUACAGCUUCCUGGAAUCUCAAAUAGCGAUCUUAUAUGUGUGUGGCCUGGCCUCCUGUGUUCUGUUUGCCCCUUUUUCAGGCUGGCUCCCUCAAGUCUUGGGCCGCAGACAGACAUGUCUUCUCUUCUGCGUAUCCUACUCUGCUUGUUGUCUCACCAAGCUGUCCACAGACUACUUUGUUUUGAUUGUGGGUCGGAUCCUGGGGGGUCUGUCCACAUCCCUGCUCACCACCACAUUUGAAUCCUGGUACGUGCACCGUCAUGUAGAAGUACACGAUUUUCCCAAGGAGUGGAUCCCCACUACCUUCACCAAAGCUGCUACAUGGAAUCAUGGUCUCGCCGUGGGAGCAGGGCUGGUGGCUAACUUGCUGGCUGAGUGGCUCCACUUGGGGCCGGUGGCUCCCUUUCUCCUGGCUGUCCCCUGCUUGGCGUGCUGUGGCUGGGUGGUGUUAACAGACUGGGGCAAGGAAGAGGCUGAAGAAGGUCUUGAAGGGGAAAAACAGAAACUGCCUCUUGGCACUCCAAAUGCAGGGGUAGCCCGUUUGUCUGCAAGGGCCCGAUUUUCACGCAGCUGCCAUGAUGGGUUGCGCUGCCUGCUCUCAGACAGGAGAGUCAUGCUCUUAGGUGGAGUGCAGGCUCUGUUUGAAAGUGUCCUCUACAUUUUUAUUUUUCUGUGGACCCCAGUUCUGGACCCCCAUGGGCCCCCUUUGGGAAUCGUUUUUUCCUGCCUGAUGGCUGCAAGCAUGGCUGGCUCCUUGCUCUACCGCCUGGCCACCUCCACCCGUUACCGCCUGCAGCCGGGCCACGUUCUCUGCCUGGCUGUGUUGAUGGCCUUCUUCUCUCUCUUUAUGUUGACCUUUUCCACCACCCCUGGUCAACCUAGGCCACGUGAAUCCUUUCUGGCCUUCCUGCUGCUGGAGCUGGCCAGUGGGCUGUACUUCCCUGCAGUCAGCUUUCUCCACGGCAGGGUGAUCCCAGAGGAAAAGCGGCAGAGUGUGCUGGCCUGGUUCCGGCUGCCUCUCCACCUGCUGGCCUGCUUCGGGCUGCUGGCUCUUCAUGGGGAGACGGCAGGAACAGGUGGAGGGGAGGAGGGGAGCGGCACCAGACACAUGUUUGGAGGAUGUGCUGUUAUGAUGCUGGCUGCUUUCAUGGCUGUCGUCAGUCUGUUCACUCUGGGUAGAAAUGACACAGAUCUGAGAAUGGAGGGAACCAGAGGGGAGGGGGAGAUGGAAAACAUAUUAAAUUAUGAUUGACUGGUUUUAUAUAAAAUGUGCCAGUUUUAUGUGACUAAAAGUAGAGAACUUGUGUGUUUCACUUAAAAAGUCAUAAAACAAUAUUUUGCCAAAUGACAGCGGAGGAAAUCAAUGUCUAAAGGGGAUAUUUUGCUAAAUUGAAAUACAUUUUCAUUUUUACAUGUUGCCUUAUUACUGUUUUUGUUGUUAUUUUUGGGAGAUCAUUUUACAUAUCCUGUCUGUGUAUGUAUGCUUUGCGAACAUGGCCGUAUCAACUUUCAUUUGUCAAGUAAACUGUUGGAAUAUCUUAAAACUUCUGUCAUUCCUUAAAACGAUUCCAGAUAUCAUGUCAUUGCAUCAUUGUCACCAUCUAUAGGGAACAGACAUGACAUACUUUACAGAGAGCUCAAUAAAAAUCCAAAGGAAUGUCAUGAGGAGCAUGUUAGUUCUUCCAAUAUUUCUGUAUGUGGUUUUUUCCAACAUCUUUUUAUUUUUAUUGAAAAGGAAUCUCAAGUUGA